GAUUUUAAUUCUUCUCUUUUCCUCUACAGAGUCUGAAGACCCUCCGUCKGUAAACCCCUCAAGUGUGGACGUGGAUGAUGACCACAUGGAUGACUCGGACGUGGAGAAGGUCUCUGAAGGCAAACGGAGCACCGUGAAGGCCUCACCCUCCAUGUCCGGCCUGGACGAGUAUGAGUUCAAAGACGAGGAGGAAGAAGACCUGAGUAAAGCCCUGAACGACAGACACAUCCUCCGGAGAGAACUGAGGCAGGAAGAGAAGGAUCAUUUGGCCGUGAAGCAGAGCGGUAAAGGGGACGGGAGCGGCUCUGUCCAGUCCUCUAAGUCUAAGAAGACGAAGACGUCGUCCCGCGUCCUGUAUUGCAGCUCUGAUAGUUCCAGUGAUGAGAUGGAGAUGCCGUCAGAGAGAAGGAGCUCUCCGACCUGCUCCCAYGGCUCGGAGGGACACAAGGCGCCAGAUGCCAGCAGGACUAAGAAAGAGAACCUCACRACUUCCGAAAAGAAAGACAAAGGCAGCAAAGUAAAGAAGAAGAACAAGAGCAAGAGCAAGAACAAGGAGAACCAGGAGGAUGGGAAGGAAAACAGCAAAGCUCUGGUGUUCUCCGUAGCCACCGUGUCUGUGUCGGAGACACACACGGAUAAGAACAGCCGGGGACUCUGUGGGGACGAAGACUCGUUCAAGAUGUCCUUCAGUCCCAAGGACGACUCGUCCGUCCACCUCUUCCAUCUGUCUGCCACCGUCAAGUCCCCGAAGCUCAACCACGGCCUGGCCGACAAGCAGCCGUCCUCCAACCCGCUCAAACAGGAGAACGCCAAGAUGACGUGCGUCUCGAUUGCCGAAGGCCCCUGUCCGCCAGAUGGUGUCAAGUACAACCACUACAACCCAGAGUCUGAGUUCUGCACAGAGAGCUCCAGUAGUAAAGGCUGCAAGCACAAGGARAAGAGCAAGCACCACCAGAAUGACGUCACCGUGGACGCUGGUGGUGGUGCUGUGGGGGAAGAUGGAGGCUCCAGUCCGUAUAAUAAAGACGGCAGCGUUGCCAACAGCGUGGACGUCACUGAAGGUGGUGCCUUACGGAAGACGGAUAAGGACGGCAAGGUGGUCAAGAAGCACAAGUUAAAACACAAGGAGAAGGACAAGCCCAGGAGGGAGUAUGAGCCAGAGAGGAACCGCCACCGGCAGAAAGAGGGCAGUAGGAAGGACGGCCACAGGAACCUGGAAUUCGACCGUGAGUUCUGGAAAGAGAACUUCUUCAACGAUGACGAACCUUUGCCUCCAGGGAAAAUGGAGAGGGAGGACUGCGGAUCUCCUCAGAAUACCUCAACAUCGGGCAGCUCUCCUGUGAAGGAAGAGAGAAAAGAGACAAAAGAGAAACACCCCUCUAGCAUCAGCAGCAAGGAGAAGAGGCCGAGAAGAGAAGAGGAGCGCUUGAAGAAGGAGAGGAAAGAACCCUCGUCUGUCUGUAAAGAGGAGAGAGGGGGAAAGGAUGGGAAGCUCAGUGAGCGUGAGGAGAGGACUGAGUGCCUAAGCUCUGUACGGGUUUCGGUUCCUGAGGAGACGCAGCAUAACUCCACCAGUGGGAAAGACGAACCGGAGGAGAAACCGGUAACGGGGACCACAUCUACGGCUGAUUCAGAUCAGCUGGAUGCCUCUGAGAAAUGCCAGCGGGACAAAUACGACAGGAGGUCUUCUGUAAAGGACCGUGAGGCUGACAAGACGGAUAAAAAGCAUCCCGACAAAGAAAAGAAAGUCAAGAUUGAGCACCCUGAGAAAUCAGAGAAUUCACAGAAUUCCAUGGAUCGCUGGAAAGAGAGGGAGAAGGAAAGGAUGGCGUCCCCUGGUGACAAGAACCACAAAGAGAUCGAGAAGCUCAGAGCCUUGUCCGCGACGAAAAAACACGAGGAGAGCAAGGACAAGAAGAGCAAAGACAAGCCAGAUAAGAGGAGUGACAGGGUGAGGGAGUACAACGCGGGAGAACACAAAGACAGGACAAGCUCCGAUAAGAAAGGAAAACCACCUUUAGAGAAAUCCAUGGACCACAGUAAAUCCGAUCGCUCUAAGGAAAAGGAGAAMGACAAAGACUGCGAUAAGAAGAAAAAAGAAAAAUCUAAAGACAGCUCUUCCUCAUCUUCCUCCAGCUCUAACCUGAAGCUCCUCUUGGAGGAGAAGGGCUAUGUGUCUGAAAGUGGCAAGACAUUACCAGCAAAACUACUGAAGACAGAGGACCUCCUAAAGACGCCAGAGAAAGACCGGAGAGACCGAGAAUCCAGAGACUCUGACAGGCACCGAGAUCGGGACAAAGACCGUUCCAAGGACCGUUCCAAGGAGGGUAGCAAGGCCAGUAAGACCAAACCCAAUGAGACAGAGGCUGACCGAGACAACAGGUCCAAAGCUAAAGCCUCGUCUGCCACCCGGGAAGAGCAGAAGCCCAAAGAGAAACGCCUGGUCAAYGAAGACCUGAGGCAGACCAGCUUCGAACGGAUGCUGAGUCUGAAGGACCAGGAGAUUGAACAGUGGCACCGGAARCAYCUAGAAAAGAUCAAACAGAAGGAGMGRGAGAGGAUGAAACAACGRCCCUCCUCUACGACGACAGACCCAGGGAAGCUCAAAAGCAAAGCCAAAGCCAAGACGACGUCCUCGUCUUCUGGAGAACCGUGCUUGAGCAAAGAAUUGCUUCGCUCCAAGAGCUCUGAAGGCUCCUCCGACGUUCACUGUCGGGACAGAGACAAACCCCUUAAGGACAGCACCAGCUCCAGGACCAUGUCUCUGGACGGGAAGACACUCUCCUGCCUCAGUGGGAAGCUGAUGGCUGGUAUGGAGAACAGCUUGAGCAGGUCACCCAGGCCAGAAAGCGAGCGGCCGGGACUCAUGUCCAGGUCUGUGUCUAUGGUCUCUGUGGCCAGCUCUGAAGACUCCUGUCAGGCUACAUUGCUGACGCCGAGACCUAUUGAGUACGACUCGGAUAUGACCCUGGAACCCUCCCAGGACUUUCAGCUGCCUUUCCUCCUGUCUUCCUUCCUCUCGUAUCCUGCCGUUCACGACAACAUUCUUCUAGAAGAGCCGGGGCAAGAUAACCAGACUCCGCUGCAGAGCAGAAACGCUUCCCCCUACCUUAGGGCUAUUCUGGACGAAGACGCUAACUGUGCGACGGCGUCUGAGGGCAGACCUUUCGAAACUCUGUCCAAGGCCACCGUGGUGCCUGCUGCUCAACCCAGUGAAGAGCCCACAAGUGUUCAGCCUUUAGAGACCUGUGCAGAUCCAGAGGAGAGCCAGAGUCAAAGUGAUCCAAUUCAGAUGCUUCCGAAUCUUCCUAAUGCAAUAACAGAUGCAGAUCUCAACACUGAGAGUAAAGGGAACACCGCUUCAGGUGUCUAUCUCCCACCUCAAGCGUACAACACCAGAGAUCCUCACAUAAAGCACUCCUCAACACUUCAGCAGGCUAGUGUCCCACAGCUAGCUACACCAGAACAGAGAGGGUUUUCUUCCACCUCUGAUCCUCUCCUAAUACGGGACGUCCAGUGUAUCCCCGUGGAGACCUCCAGUGCGGCACCUGAAUGUAGCAUAAAGGACCUGCCCUCUGAGGACAUGACGCCACUGGUGACAUUAUCUUCUCUAUCCUGUCAACUGCCGUUCUCCAGGACCGAAACCACCUCAUCUCUCUCUGCUAGCCAGUUAUGGGAAAUCCUUCCAAACACCAGUAUGGUGACCUCACAGCAGAUGCAGACAGAGACUGAUGGAGAUCUGGCUCUUGAUCCUAAAGAUAAAACUCCAGUUGAGAGUGCAGCCAGCAGCGCUGAAAGCAGAGCAGCUGUAGAGAGCCUUCAGAGUGCGUUAGGAGCCUCUAGACCGGAAUGGAUGGACAACCCAGUAGCCUCCACCAGCGCUAGCUCAGAGGACUCCAUGAUGACCACCAGCAAAACCAAGGACUCCACGAUGAYCACCAGCAAAACCAAGGACUCUCCAGAGGAGAUGGACACUGACGUGAACAGUGAAGACUGUAAGAAAUCCAGAUUCUCCAGUGACAUUGUGGGUCCUAGCGAUCCUCAGCCGGACAAAAACUAUCAUACUAGCCAGCUUACGUCAUCCACUGUGUCGCACUGCUCGAGCCCUGAACACAAGGAAGAAGAAACUUCUGAUGCUCCUGAUCGCACAUUGGAGAAGUGGAGAGGUCCCGAGGCCAUGUCAACAGAAAAGGCUAGCUGUUGGUCUUCGUCAGAGGGCAGUAGUAUGGUCACCAUCCCUGAGGUGAAGGCAGAGCCRUGCCAAGAGCCUACCUCCGAGGAGAGACCAGAAGGACAGACUCCCUCGAUUGUUGAAUCAGACCAGACCCAGAGUGUUUCUGGACAGAGUAGUAACUUCCAGCAGGGCUCCCAGACAGACCAGAGUGUUAGUAGUUACAGCAGCAGUGGRGUCUCUGCUAGCUCUUCCCCCCAGUCUGGGGACAGAGACUCUGACUCCUCCGGGGCUAAGGCCAAGGUCCUCUCCCUAACCAUGGAGGAGGACCAGGACUUCCAGCAGACCCACCCCAGAAAGAAGAAGAUGCCCAGAUUGUCUACCUCCAACCAGGCUGGAGGCAGCAUGCAACAGGAGUCUCUGGCGUCCAUCGUUGACUCUCUGAAGCUGGAGGAGAUUCAGCCGUACCAGACGGAGAGGGCCAACCCUUACUACGAGUUCCUGCACAUCCGCAAGAAGAUCGAGGAGAAGCGUAAAGUGCUGCUGAGCGUCAUCCCCCAGCCGCCGCAGUAUUACGACGAAUACAUGACUUUUACUGGAUCAUACCUGCUAGACGGGAACCCGCUCAGCAAACUCUGUAUUCCAACUAUCACUCCUCCUCCGUCUCUAUUGGACCAACUGAAGGAGAUGUUUAAACAACAGGAAGUGGUCCGUAUGAAGCUACGGUUGCAACACAGCAUUGAACGGUGCUAUCCCUCUGUGCUAUCCUCAAGUGCUAUCCUCAGUGCUAUCCUCAGUGCUAUCCCCAGUGCUAUCCCCAGUGCUAUCCUCAAGGUGUACCAAAAGAUGGCAAGACGUCGGGCGAAGGGGCCCGUUUCAUACGCCGACCAGUUCAUGUCCUGUUUACAAGACGCCUGUAGGGACGACAAGUUCGAUAAGACUCAAGGCUUUAUCGCCGCUGAGGCAGCAGCAUACUUAAGGGCGGUCCCGCGUCUCCAUUGGCAGCUGAAACUCCAGGAGCUGGAUCCAGUCAUGUACAAGUCCACCUCCAUCUUCGAGAUAUCCGAGUUCUACAUCCCCCUGGUAGAGGUCAACGACGACUUUGACCUCACGCCCAUAUGA